CGCAGAACCCGGAUGCUGAUGCUGCUCGUGUCGGAUGGGGAGAAGGAAUACAGGGAGAGUGAGAGCUAGAAAACAGAGAAAGGCCCCGCUGACAGAGGGACUGCUAUCCCUGCGGCCACAAGGCAACCGAAGCGGACGGAUUAAAGCCAGGCGGUUUCAAGCGACUGUAACGCAAACCCGAGAGAAUGACUCCAGGCGCGGUAGCCGAGGCGACGGGAGGAGAGCGAGAGAAGAUGCUGUGAUAUGCACAUAGCCAGUGCGAGCGGGAGGGAGGGGGAGAUGAGGCUCCUACGCUAGUUAAAGAUGCUUGUUUUUUGACCAGGAAUGUGUUCCGUACGAAUAAAGCGAAGGGAUUUCUGCGCCAACGCUAUAGCUUACAAUAGCGCAGUGCACGCUCGGUGGAUUAAUUGACGGAUUCAUGUGACGGAAGACGUGCACCGAGGCUUUCUUUCGCGAAAGGGUGGCUGUUUUCUCCCGUACGAUUCUCCCGUAUUUCCGGAUGUGAGGCCUGGAAGAUACCGUAGUUUAUAUCAGGCACGGGACGCUCAUCCUUCACAUCCAAACAUCUGCUAAAAUAAAACGAAACACUUUGGAGAGUCAGUGACAAACGAAAGAGACACUUAAUCUCAGACAGAAUAAUACGUAUAAGGUGUCACAAACCGGAUGUGCGGUUCUUUCGCAAAAUAGACGUGGCCAAGUUUUUAAUAAAUAGGUCAGUUGGAGUUUGAAAAUAACGGGACGCUGUAUGAAUAGGCUAUAUUUUAACAAAAACCUGAUGACUGGAGCAGGCUACCUAACAGUCCUGUUAUCAAUAUUCAUAAUCAUUUAACUGUCGUCCACAGCUAUUAUCUGAUGUAGUCAAAUAGUAUCGGCCCAUAUCCUGACAGAUUUAAUCGUGUCCCCUCAUCAUUCUUCCAAGAGCAAACCACAGGCCGUUUCAAUCGCAAUAACAGCUGUAGUUUGUCGUAUAGGCUCGGCUGGACACGCAACUCCCUGUUUAUUUUUGAUAUUUUCGAACGGAAGAUGUUACCGAUCCGUUUCCACGAACUUUAAGGAGACGGCAGAUGUUUGGGAGUAGGCCACGGCACUGACAUCACGCCUCAGCAUCCCUGUGUCAUCGCUCACCGUCUGUGAUGUCUGUACGACGGAGCUAUUGCGUGAGCAGGACAGACACCAGUGGAUACAUUGUGAAAAUACACUGAUUAACCCCCGUAAUAUUGUGACACAAAAUCGCUGUCGAACGAAAUGUCCAGUAAGGAGUUGUCGGGGAGUCAGGCAGCUCAGUAUGUCGGGCCCUACCGACUGGAAAAGACGCUGGGGAAGGGCCAGACAGGUCUGGUGAAGUUAGGAGUUCAUUGUAUCACGGGACAGAAGGUGGCCAUAAAAAUAGUUAACAGAGAAAAGCUAUCGGAGUCUGUUCUUAUGAAAGUCGAGAGAGAGAUAGCUAUUCUUAAACUAAUAGAGCACCCUCAUGUCCUAAAACUGUAUGAUGUGUACGAGAAUAACAAAUAUCUGUAUCUAGUGCUGGAACAUGUAUCUGGUGGGGAGCUUUUUGACUACCUGGUAAAGAAAGGCAGAUUGACCCCUAAAGAGGCUAGAAAGUUCUUCAGACAAAUCAUAUCUGCUCUGGACUUCUGUCACAGUCACUCUAUAUGUCACAGAGAUCUUAAGCCUGAAAACCUCCUGCUGGAUGAGAAGAAUAAUAUCAGGAUUGCUGACUUUGGCAUGGCCUCCCUACAGGUUGGGGACAGUCUGCUGGAGACCAGCUGCGGAUCACCCCAUUAUGCAUGUCCUGAGGUCAUCAGGGGAGAGAAAUAUGAUGGACGUCGGGCAGAUGUAUGGAGCUGUGGGGUUAUUCUUUUUGCUCUGUUGGUGGGAGCGUUGCCCUUUGACCAUGAUAACCUGCGUCAGCUGUUAGAGAAGGUGAAGAGUGGAGUAUUUCACAUGCCUCACUUCAUUCCUCCAGACUGCCAGGCUCUCCUCCGUGGCAUGAUUGAGGUCAACCCUGAGAAACGCCUCACGUUGGAAGACAUACAAAAGCACCCCUGGUAUCAAGGGGGCAGGAACGAGCCGUGUCCAGAGCAGCCACCCCCGAGGCGUGUGUGUGUGAAGAGGAUUCUGUCUCUUACAGAUCUGGACCCUGAUGUUCUGGAGAGCAUGCACUCCCUGGGCUGCUUCAGAGACCGUGUCAAGCUCACCAGAGACCUGCAGUGUGAAGAAGAAAACCAGGAGAAGUUGAUCUACUAUCUUCUGUUGGACAGAAAGGAGCGCUACCCUAGUUAUGAAGAUGAGCAUCUUCCACCCAGAAAUGAUAUUGAUCCUCCCCGUAAGCGGGUGGACUCGCCCAUGUUGACCCGUCAUGGGCGCUGUCGGCCAGAGAGAAAGAGCCUGGAGGUCCUGAGUGUGACAGAGCAGGGCUCUCCGACACCUCCCCGCAGAGCACUGGAUACCUCUGCACAUAGCCAGAGGUCUCGGUCAGUUAGCGGAGCUUCAACCGGCCUCUCAUCCAGUCCCCUCAGCAGCCCUCGAAGCCCAGUUUUCACUUUCAGCCAAACUGAAGUCACCUCUGCUUCCACCACCCAGUCCAAAGACCCCAAAGCAGGAAGUUCCACCACAGCCCGGGCGUCCCAGCGCGCGCCUGACCAAAAAACCCAGACCCUGCCCUCAAAAGCAGCCUCUGACCGCCCCCACCUUCAGUCUAUGAAGUCCCUCCCCCUGCAGACUCCUCCGUCUCCUUCGCCCUCCCCCUCUCCGCUCCUGUCCCCCAUCCCUCGCUUCUUCUUCCCUGCUCCUUCUGUCCUGAAGUCUGUCACUAAGACCAUCUAUCCUAACUCUGCCCAUGUGUCGCAGGUCACCCCGCAGGGCUCCCCACUCCCCACCCCUCUGGGGACCCCUGUGCACCAUCCCCAGCACCCCCCUCCCACCCCGCCCUCCUCCUCCUCUUCUUCUUCCUCCUCACGAGCUGAAGGAGGUGGUGGUGGUGUGGGUGGUGGUUCCAUGUCCCUAACCCCGCCCUCAAGUCCUGGGGGAAGUGGUGGAAUGGCUGCCAGUAGUUCAGCCCACUGGAGGACUCGCCUCAACUCCUUCAAGAACAACCUGCUGGGUUCGCCACGCUUCCACCGCCGAAGGCUACAGGUUCCUACGUCAGAAGAUAUGUCCAGUUUAACUCCAGAGUCCAGCCCAGAGCUGGCAAAGAAGUCGUGGUUUGGAAAUUUCAUCAGUCUGGAGAGGGAAGAGCAAAUUUUUGUGGUGAUCAGAGACAAACCACUAAGCUCAAUCAAGGCUGACAUUGUCCAUGCCUUUCUAUCAAUUCCCUCCCUGAGUCACAGUGUCAUCUCUCAGACAAGUUUCCGGGCGGAGUACAAGUCCUCCGGAGGUCCGUCUGUCUUCCAGAAGCCUGUCAAAUUUCAGGUUGACAUCGCCUUCUCUGAGGGAGAGAGAGAACGAGAGAGGGAGAAAGAGAGAGAAAGGGAGGGAAGAAGGGAGACCGGUAUCUACAGCGUCACCUUUACCCUAUUAUCAGGUCCUAGUCGCAGGUUUAAAAGAGUGGUAGAGACCAUUCAAGCUCAGCUUCUCAGUACACACGACCAGCCCUCUGUGCAGGCGCUUGCAGAUGAGAAAAAUGGGCUUUCGUCCCGCCCACCCAGCACACCGACCCGUCAGAACUCUCGGCGCUCGGAGGGCGGAAGUGAUCGCGGCGAACGAGCAGAGCGCAGCGAUCGAGGAGAAGGGAGCAGUAUUGGCGGUAGUGCGAGUGUACUACAAAGGAAGGGGUCUGGCAAGGAUAAAACUCGCCUCCUUUCCUCAAACGGGACCCAGUCUCAACCUUAAGUGAACUAAUCAGACAAGCUCUUGAGCGGGUGGGGACAAAACUUGCUCUUGAAUCCCCCCCAGACACGACUCCCUCAUAGUCCAUCUGCACAGUACACAACAACAGGUAUACUCAGCCUUGAUUUUCACACUACUAGCGGAAACACUGGGAUCCAGCUGCAACAAUAGGAGAGUCAGGAGUCAAUCCACAUGGAAGUGUUCUUACAUGCAAAUAAUCAUCUAACGGGAAAAAAAUACAAUAUCACUUAUCCUUUUUAGGAACAAAGGACUUGAAAAGUGGAAGCAAGAUGUAUUGCUUAAUAUAAACCCCCCAGCUAUAAAUUAUUUCAUACAGUACAAACAUGGAGUACAAAUCCAGUGAUCUAAUGGCAACAAACUAUACAAGGAGGAACAAACACCAAGUGGGACAGGAAAGAAUGUCUCUAAAACUUCUAAAACCAUCAUCCUCAUCGUCAUCCUCAUUAUCAUCAUAAGCAAUCACAAUGAGCUCUCUGAGAUAGAGAAAAGCAAACAUACCAGGAAAAAGUGAGAAGUUCUUCCUUCUUAACAUCACUUGGAGCACAAAAAGGGAUUUCUAGAACAUUAUGUAAUGAAAAUAACGUUUUUUUAGAACAGGAAUCUAAUUUUCCAACCCAAGAUGCUACUGUAGUCCUACGUGACUAUACCUUCAUGAGCUGAGGAUGGAUGACGCCUGUAGCGAGAUGUUAAGUGUUGAAGAUAUAGGCUAUGUUAAACACUGAUUGUUCAAGCUUGUGUUGUAGAUCCUGAACUCUGUGAUAUGUUGUAGAUCCAAAAUCAGUCAGCGUCAGGUAUGCAUUGGAGAGCUGCCCACUAGAAGCUACGGUUGGGCGGUUUUAAGUCAUUCAGAUCCACCCCACUCACUUAGCAGGGCACAGAGGGAUGAGUAGGCAUCUAGAUUUCCUAUGACAUGUUCACACAGAGACCGAACAAGAGGAACGAAAUAGCCAAUCACUCCCUUGUGUCACACAAAGAGACAGUGUGAGAAAAAAUAUAAAAGCCUCCACUGUUUUCUCACGUGACUCCUGGUAGAAGUCCAAAAAAAGGUUGUUUUGGUUUCCAUUUCAAUAUUUAUAUUAUAUUUUCGAGCUGAGAUGUGAAAUAUCUCCAUCAAAAAAACAAAGUGAAUGUCAAAAAAAACAAAAAUAGAAAUAUUUUAAAUGUUGCUUUAUUUAAAGAUAUUUAUUUCAUAUUUAUUUAUGUAUUUAUUUAUUUAUUGAAUUAGUGUUGAGGCUGAAUCAAAAUGACAAGGGUGAAAAAAUUUGCGAGAUUUGUCUAUUCCCAAAUAUUUAAAAGCAAUGCUGCAAAUGUCCUUUUAAAAACAUUUCAGUAGCCUAAGUUCAUCUCAUUUUCAUUUCAUUUGAAAUAAAAAAGCAAAGGAGAAAGCUGGAGAACAGCUUUGAAAAAUCAUCCAAGCAAUGUCUCCACGUCUUGGACGUCUCCCACGAGGAAAAGACUUCGAAACCCUCCAGGAUGUACGACGUAAAGACUGAAGUGAACCUUAUGGAAGCAGAGGAACAAAACGGGGGAAUGAGAAGAAGGCCCGCUGUGUUCACUCUUCAUCUUUGAGAAUGUUACCCAAACAAGAGCCCAAAGUUUCGGACUCGUGCGUACCGGGCCAGCCCUCCGUACGAAACGCGAGCAGUAUUCUGUCUUUUUCACACAUGCACACACAAACACACACACACACACAGACACAAAAAGACUGUCCUUCUCAAAACUGACAAUAUGAAACAAAAUGAAUGAUAACUGGACUUUGGAAUGCACUGUCCUAAAAAGAGAAUUGUAUUCAAACAAAUAGUUGUCCCUUUCCUCGCCCACCCACGGGAAUCGGUGAAGUGCUCUCUUAAGUGCAGACUCAGGAUCAGCGGGGCUUUUUAGCUCAUUACAUUUGUGAAUGGGGGGAACCUGAUCCUGAAUAUCCACUUAGAAGCUCUUUCUCCAAUGAGCCUCUGCCCUGAAGCCCAGAAUCUGACCAUAAUGCUCCUCUCUCUCUCUCUCUCUCUCCAUCUCUCUCUCUCCCUCCAGUCCACUCUUUUUCUGAUGCAAGGAGCACUAAAUGCAAAGCAAGGUUUUGCUCUGGUCCUCCCUCUGCCACCAUCCCGCAGCCAUCACAUGCACUCCUGCCCAAAAAUAGCAGUCAUCAAGCAGCUCCUGCAUCUUCCUGAAUUGAUUUUAAAUAGCACAUACUUCACUACUGUUGAAUGUUUAGGAGCAUCGUUCGUUAGAUAUAAUACGUUGUUGUUUUAGUACACUCCAAAUGCCUUAAAUCUACAUGUAUACAACGGUCAGCAUGUGCGCUCUCCAACAUGCCCGGUCACAUUUGCAGAGGCAGAGGAAACGCCAGAGCAAAACCCUGAAGAUGUUCUAUGUUCAAUUCUGUUAGUUCUCAGGCAGGGUAAGUCUGGGAGUGUGCAAAUACAGACUGUCAGGACACCAGCUCUGAGUGAAUGUGAAAUACACUCCACAUACUUUCUCUGUGUUCAUGACACUGUCCUGCUCUAUGUGUCCGUCCUCUCCUCCUCUUCCCUUUCACAUUAUGCACUGAAUGAUAUUCUGUUUUUGUUAUUCGCCUCACACAUACAGCACACGUAUCACAUUUCAUAUGUAUCGUUAGUCUUCACUUAUUUACCAUACAUUAUAUACCUCGUCCUGCUCCUGCCUCCCAAUCAUAGAGUUAUACUUUAGACCGCCCUCUUUCCCUCCUCUCUCAUCAUAUACAUACGCCCUGCCUGCCCCCAAUGUAUGCUCACCCCCUCCCCCCAUCUCUGUUCAUUGUAAACAGAAAAUAUUACUCAUAUCUUCAUUCUUUAUCCAUUCUAUAUUCACCUGAUGAUUAUUGAUUAUCUUUGUCGUCAUUACUGAUUACUCCUCUUAAGAUUGUAAAGCUGUACUCUUUCUUCCCCAUCGCGCACAGUAGGAACUUUUUUUCAUAAGAAAUGCAAGUCAUUAAAUUGGAGGGAAAAAAAUAAUGACGAGAAAAUAAAUGUCUGUGUUAUAAUUAAAAAAAUGAAAGUGCACUAUUAUUAUUGCCUGUGAUAAAGAACAAUAAAC